AUGGCUAUUAAUAAUGAAACUGAUGAGAUUGAUGAAUUUAAUAUAGAUACAUUAGCAGACAACAAUAAUAUUAAUACUGAAGUAAAUACAUCCCAAGCAUAUACUCUAGACAUUAUGAAAGAUAUAGAUAUUGGAUUACAAAAGUUUAAUCUGGAUCAAAAAGCAAAUUUAGAUAAAGUAACAACUAGUUCAAAAAGGCAAGCUAUCAUAUUAGAUCAACAAAAUAAUGAUUUUAAUGUUAGAGCAUUAGCUAGAAAUAUGUUGAUGCAAAGUUACAAUGACAUGUAA